AAGGUGUCAAGUAAUCACGGAACAAUAACGGCUUGAGAUCAACGAGGUUCACACACGAAGGCAAAGUCAUCAGAACCAGCCAGAUACGGUUUCCUGCUACACCAUUAUCGAAUCACCAAAAUGGCUGCGUUAAAUCUAAGCUGCUGCUACCAUCAUCAUCACUUUCAAUCUCACUCUCCGCCACCAACGAAUGUUCCCAUUCUUCUCUCUCAUCGUAACAAUAUAUCUAUCUCCCCCAAAUCCCCCUUAACAUCAUUUCACCACAAAAGGCAUCAUAGUAAUCUGUUAGUUCUAGCAACGACAAUGGCUACUAAUGUGCAAGAGGAUCUUCCACCAGCUCUUGAUUCUACUUCCGAACCACCUUCGGUUUUCGAUGGAACUACUAGGUUGUACAUAUCUUACACUUGCCCGUAUGCACAACGUGUGUGGAUUACCCGCAACUGCAAGGCUCUCCCUCUCUCUCAUAUCGGAUUGCAGGAAAAGAUUAAACUGGUUCCAAUUGAUCUAAAGAACAGACCAGAUUGGUACAAGGAGAAGGUUUACCCUGCAAACAAGGUGCCAGCUUUAGAACACAACAAUCAAGUCAAGGGAGAAAGUCUUGAUCUCAUCAAGUAUAUUGACACCAACUUUGAAGGACCGUCACUUUAUCCAGAUGAUACUAUCAAGCAAGAGUUUGGAGAAGAGUUGCUUUCAUACACUAAUACGUUCUAUAAAGCCGUCACCACCUCAUUAAAAGGAGACGGGUUUGAUGAUGCUGCUGCUGCAUUUGAUUAUAUAGAGAAGGCUCUUUCCAAGUUCGAUGAUGGCCCAUUUUUUCUAGGUCAAUUCAGCCUGGUAGAUAUAGCUUAUGCUCCUUUCAUCGAAAGAUUUCAGCCGUACUUGCUAGAUGUAAAAAAAUACGAUAUUAAAGUGGGCCGGCCAAAACUUGCAGUCUGGAUCGAGGAAAUGAACAAAAACGAUGAUUUUAACCAAACCAGGCGGGAUCCAAAGGAACUUGUAGAGAGCUACAGAAAACGUUAUUUGUCUUCAUCAUAAGGUUCAGGUUUUGCGAUUCAGUCACGCCAUGGGAUGCAGGAACAUUGCAUGGACAAGAAGACCUGAUUAGUUCCUUUGGAUAUUUAAGAAUAAUAUGUUACAUAGGUUAUUUGUGCAACAUACUAUUGACAAAAUAAAACUAUGUUAUUAUGUUUAAUCUAUUUUCUAAUAUGCUACAAUUUUGUGGUCGAUUAUACAUUUA